UGCGUGGUGACGUGUCAGGCUUCCUGUCCUACCACCCCAACGUCCCAUUAAUGUCGCUCCACCACUUCGACAUGGCGGAUCCGAUUUUCCCGUUCACGGACCGGGCCGAGUCGGCGCGGCGGUUAAUGGAACCAGCAAAUUUCGACCAGACGAGAAUUCUUCAGCAGGCGAUAUGCUACGAUCGGCGAUUGCGGUGGUCGUUCUCCGUCUCCUGGGGAUAUUCCGCUCAGAUCUACGAGCGGAUAAUGCCGCGGAGCCAAUUGCAGAAUCCGAUCGAGACGUUCGUGAAGUGGCGGGAGACCAAUACGCCGCCGUUUUGGAUGUUCGACGUGCGCCGCCGCUCCGGCGACCCCUGCGAGGCGCCGCAUUUCUUUUUCUUUAAGAAGGUGGAGAAGUUGGCGCCGCCAAGGGAGGAGAUUGUGACGACGUAUCACCGGUCGUGGGACCGGGGAAUGGGGCCGUGUUCGGCUGAAGGGAACCGGUCGGCCGAUCAGAUUAAUAGGAUUCAGGUGUUCUCUCCGGCGGAAAGGCGGUUACGGAAUGAUAGAAGUGAAUGCUGUAGCAUCGUACGAGUGAGCAAAACCCGUGCGACGAUAAAGUUAAGGAGUUGCGAGGUAAACGAGGUGAUUGCUUGAGGAGCCAAGGCAAUAUAUUUACACACGUACUAUAAGUUUGCUUAAUCUUGUAUACUCCAAAAAUUGUCUUAUUAUGAGAGUUAAAUAUGAUUAAUUAAAUUACAUUUUAUAGAAAAGAUAGAUGGUUAAUCAAGUCUUGUGAUUCACUAGUGUACUACA